UAUAAUGCCUGCCAUGGUCCCGGCAGCCGGCACUGCGCGGCGGGAGGCGGGCAGGGGCGCGGGCAGCGAGCGAUGGCCUCCAUGGGCAUGCAGGUGCUGGGCAUCGCCCUCUCUGUCAUCGGCUGGCUGGCCGCCAUCCUCUGCUGCGCGCUGCCCAUGUGGCGGGAGACGGCCUUCGUCGGGAACAACAUCGUGGUGGCGCAGAUCAUCUGGGAAGGGCUGUGGAUGAGCUGCGUGGUGCAGAGCACGGGGCAGAUGCAGUGCAAGGUCUACGACUCGCUGCUGGCCCUGCCGCAGGACCUGCAAGCCGCCCGCGCCAUGGUGGUGGUGGCCAUCGUCCUGGCCAUCCUGGGCACCCUGCUGGCCGUCGCUGGUGGCAAGUGCACCAACUGCGUGGAGGAUGACACCGCCAAAGCCAAGGUCAUGAUCCUGUCUGGCAUAAUCUUCGUCGUCGCCGGUAUCCUCAUCCUCAUCCCCAUCUCUUGGUCAGCCAACAGCAUCAUCCAGGACUUCUACAACCCUCUGGUCUCUGACUCGCAGAAGCGGGACUUGGGCUCGUCUCUCUAUGUGGGCUGGGCGGCCUCGGCGCUGCUGCUGCUGGGGGGAGGGAUCCUGUGCUGCACCUGCCCCCCCCGCGGAGAGAAACCCUACUCCGCCAAGUUCACGGCUGCUCGCUCGCUGCCCGCCAGCAACUACGUGUAGGAGCCGCCGCGCCUGCCCGGACCCCCCGGCCGCUCCGGGGACCUCGCGGGACACGCAACCUCCCGGGCUGGGCUGGGACUGGCCGGGCGCCGGGCGGUGCAGAGGGCAGACAGAGCCGCCUUUGUUCUACCGGGACUGAAGCCGGUUCUUUAAUCUCGGUUGAGACAGGGGACAAGGAGAUCCUGUCCCGGCUGCUCGCGGUGGGGGUCCUGCUCCCCCCGGAGCAUCCAGCUGAGGCAUCUUCUCCGAGACAUCACCUGAUCUCCUCCUCGAGCGUUUCCUGGCUCCCGGUAUCGGGGUGUGCCAUGUGGUGACACAGCUCCCAGGAGCCCGUCCCACGGGUGGCACAGGGUUCUCUCUCCCCGCGUGAAGCUCCCCGGGACAUGUCUGUCCCUCGGGGUGGGUGGCGGUGUCGGUGCUGGCAGGGACAGCGAACCUAUCCCACGCGGUCACAGGGACGAAGUGGCUUUGCAAACCCCGGCAGGAUCUUGAGGGGUGACAGGGGCUCUCACCUGCCUGUUCCCUAAAUUUUCACUUUGACCUACUUUCGGGGCUCAGAGCGGCCGUAUAGAGUGUGAUUUCUCGCGGCAGCUCCCCAGGGCGGGGGCAUCAUUAUCCUGGGAGUGGGAGGGCAGCGGCCGGGCUGGGAAAACCAGUCGGGGAGGCGGGACUGGAGCGGGGCUGUGCUCCCGCAUGGUGGGGAGCGACUCCGGGACCCGACCCCAUCCAUCGCCUCCGAGUGGAGUGCCAGCGGCCGGGAGUGGGCUCUCGUGGUACCCCUGGCUGUGCUGCCGUCCCUCCGUGUGUCCAGCCUUCCCGCAUUAAAUGGCAGCUG